UUUUUUGAAUCUUGUUGUUAAAUUAAAGUUAGGUCAAAUAUACCAAAUGUCACGUGGAAAGUUGAAGUUGAAGUGUUGCCAAAAAAAGGAAAAAGGUCAUUCUUUUUUAAAAGGGCUAAAAGGGAAAGUAGUGAUCCUUUUUCGAAACCGAGGGAGUACCAAAAUACCCUUUAUCUUUGUGGUCCCAAACAUGACAUGUGGAAAGUUGAAAUUAAGGAGUUGCUAAAAAAGGAAACGAUCAUUCUUUUUGAAACGGACUAAAAAGGAAAGUAAGUCAGACAUAUUGAAACAGAGAGAGUAUAAGAUGUGGUGUUGUCGAGUUUCGUUAAUGUCCUUUGUCUUUUCUUUGGGGCAAGGUAUCAUUUUUAAUUUUCUGCAUUGGAGCAGUGGCGAACCCAGGCUUGCCGGGAAGACCUCCCUAAGAGGAGAAGGAAAAGAAUGAGUUUAGUUGUGUAGUGAGACUAGGUUUAAGUUCCAUUUGUUCUUUAGGAAGAUGAGAUUGGGUGGGAAAGAAAGUAAAAAGGGAAAAAGAAUUCUAUUUGGGGAACAAGGUUGGGAAAUCAGGAAAGGAAGUAGAAAAAGGAAAAUUAAAAGUAAAAGUAAAAAAGGAAGCAAAUAAAUAACAUGAAAGGAAAUAAAUGCAUCGGUUUAUUUAAGAGGAGAAGGGUGGUGGGUGGACCCAUUAUCCACCGAGUUUCGAACCUUGCGUCACUGGCCCUUGUGAUUUAUCAGUUAUUAAAAAUGAAAUGCAUCACCUUAAAGAAGAAUUUGAUGAAGUGAUUCAUCCCGCACCACAAGCAUUUUGUAGCGCAGCACCUCAUACUUGAUCAGCUAGCACAUUCGUGUUGCACAACUCUGAGUGCUCACUUUGUUUUUAUGUAACUUUAUUCUUGAUCAAUUUUGAAAAUAUAUUGAACGUGAUAAAAAAUCAUGGGUGCUUGAGCCCCACAAGGAUCUAGGCAGGUCUACCUACUUCUACAUUGCAGCGUCAGUACCUAGUAAAGCACCAGGGUGUUAUAAUCUGGAAUUUAUUGGUCAUAACUCAUGUAUAAUAAUCUGAAAGUUAUAUUCUUGUGAUAUUAUGCUUAUUGGGACUAGAGUAUAUGAUUACCUAGCAAGAAGUGUUUUAAUAAAUUUGAAGAAAGUGGAUACCAUUUCUCGUACUCUCAUCAAGGGAUAUCAUUUCUCUCUCUAUUUAUAACAGCAAUGGCUACAGGUGGAAACAAGUCGAAGCCAAAUUGAAACAUAUAGCUCGAAACUGAUCAGCUUCAGAAACCUUUAGCAUUUUACAUUCACUUAGGGCGAUAACAGAGAAUGGUCAAAAGAUAUGGAGCGUUUUGAAGCAGGAACUAUACCAUGUUGCAGUGCCUAGAGGGGAUCAAGCAUUUAGGUGCUUCUCUGUCUAAAUGUUUUGAUUUGGACAAGCAAUCAACAGCCUUUGAAGAUCCAGAGAUCCUUGCGCGAGAGACAGUUUUUAGCGUCAGUGAGAUUGAAGCUCUUUAUGAGCUCUUUAAGAAGAUUAGCAGUGCAGUGGUUGAUGAUGGGCUGAUCAACAAGGAAGAGUUUCAAUUGGCACUAUUCAAGACGAACAAAAAGGAAAGUUUGUUUGCUGAUAGGGUGUUUGAUUUAUUUGACACAAAGCACAAUGGAAUCUUGGGUUUUGAGGAAUUUGCUCGUGCCCUCUCUGUUUUCCAUCCAAAUGCUCCUAUUGAUGAUAAGAUUGAAUUUUCUUUUCAGCUAUACGAUCUCAAGCAACAAGGCUUCAUCGAGAGGCAAGAGGUGAAGCAAAUGGUGGUUGCUACCCUUGCUGAGUCGGGUAUGAACCUAUCAGAUGAUGUUAUUGAGAGCAUAAUUGAUAAGACUUUUGAAGAAGCUGAUACUAAACAUGACGGAAAGAUUGACAAGGAGGAAUGGAGAAGUUUGGUCUUGCAACAUCCUUCACUUUUGAAGAACAUGACCCUCCAGUAUCUUAAGGAUAUUACUACUACAUUCCCGAGUUUUGUCUUUCAUUCCCGAGUUGAGGAUACCUGACUUGGGAUAUACAGGCUGGAGUUUAGAGAACUACAUUUACAUUCUCUUUUUCCUGUUGUCAGGGCAAUUAGCCAGUUUAUCGAUGUCUGGAUACGGUUCUUUGCUCUUGUUUUUACUCUAUUUCAAAAUUCGAAUAUUUUCUUGAUUUCUUGUUCAUUUUGAGUGUGGUGGUUAUGUAUUAUGUUGCCGUAGUAAUAAAUGUCUGGUUUCCAAUUCA